AUGUCUUUCUCCAUGGAACUCUAUAUGAAGAUGUCUAUAUGGAACAGUACAGCCGCGGGGUAUCAUGAUGCUCAAUUUCCUUCGGUUGUUUGCAAACUUCGUAAGGCACUGUAUGGUUUCAAGCAGGCCCACAUGCCUGGGCAUUAUUUGGCAGAUAUUCUCUCUCGAUUCAAGAUGGAGGGUGCGAAGCCCGUGUCUACCCAUAUGGCUGCGGACUAUGUAUCAGGUGAUGAGACUAGCUUAGUGGUUGAUGCUACUGAUUAUCGUCGCUUAAUUGGGCUGCUGCAAUAUCUUCUCAUCACUCGGCCAGAUGUAGCGUAUGCUGUGAAUAAGCUAGCUCAAUCCAUGCAUGCGCCUACGACAGAACACUGGCAAGGGGCAAAUCGUGUUCUAAGGUAUUUGAAAGGUACAGUUCAUCAUGGUUUAUUGUUAGAAUAUGAUGCACCUUUGCGUUUGGUGGCCUUUUAUAAUUCGGAUUGGGGCAACUUACGAGACAAGGGACGGUCUACAACCGCUUAUGUUAUUUAUCUUGGGGGUAAUGUCAUCUCUUGGAAGUCUUCGCGUCAGAAGGAGCUGUGUGAUAAUCUUGGGGCGACUUAUGUUUGUAAGAAUCCGGUUUUUCGCUCAAGAAUGAAGCAUCUUUCUUUAGACUAUUUUUUUGUCCGCAAUAUGGUCGCUGCAGAGUCUCUAUUUGUGUGUCAUGUCUCUGCUAAUGGUCAAGUUGCAGAUGUGUAA